GGGUGACAGCAGAAUCAUGCGCUCUCUCAGUUUAUUGCUUGCUUUGAUGCUUCUGAGCUUCAGCUUGCUGAAAUCAGCAAGCGGUGGCCACGGUGGACGUGGUGGUGGUCAUGAUGGACAUGGUGGCCACGAUGGACGCGGUGACGGUCAUGAUGGACGUGGUGGCCACGAUGGGCGCGGUGAUGGACGUGGUGGCCAUGAUGGGCGCGGUGACGGUCAUGAUGGACGUGGUGGCCACGAUGGGCGCGGUGAUGGUCAUGAUGGACGUGGUGGCCACGAUGGGCGUGGUGACGGUCAUGAUGGACGUGGUGGCCACGAUGGGCGCGGUGACGGUCAUGAUGGACGUGGUGGCCACGAUGGGCGCGGUGGCCAUGAUGAUCAUAGUGGCCGCGGUAGCAGCGGCAGCAGCGGUGGCCGCGGUAGCAGCGGCAGCAGCGGUGGCCGCGGCAGCAGCGGUGGCCGCGGUAGCAGCGGCAGCAGCGGUGGCCGCGGUAGCAGCGGCAGCAGCGGUGGCCGCGGUAGCAGCGGCAGCAGCAGCGGUGGCCGCGGUAGCAGCGGCAGCAGCAGCGGUGGCCGCGGUAGCAGCGGCAGCAGCAGCGGCGGCGGCGGUAGCAGCGGCAGCAGCAGCGGUGGCCGCGGUAGCAGCGGCAGCAGCAGCGGUGGCCGCGGUAGCAGCGGCAGCAGCAGCGGUGGCCGCGGUAGCAGCGGCAGCAGCAGCGGUGGCCGCGGUAGCAGCGGCAGCAGCAGCGGUAGCAGUGGCAGCAGCGGCGGCCGCGGUAGCAGUGGCAGCAGCGGUAGCAGUGGCAGCAGCAAUGGCCGCGGUAGCAGUGGCAGCAGCAAUGGCCGCGGUAGCAGUGGCAGCAGCGGUAGCAGUGGCAGCAGCAAUGGCCGCGGUAGCAGUGGCAGCAGCAAUGGCCGCGGUAGCAGUGGCAGCAGCAGUGGCAGCAGCAAUGGCCGCGGUAGCAGUGGCAGCAGCAGUGGCAGCAGCAAUGGCCGCGGCAGCAGUGGCAGCAGCAAUGGCCGCGGCAGCAGCAAUGGCCGCAGUGGCAGCAGUAAUGGACCCGUUGCUUAAGGUCGCGGGCCCUGAUGUUGUGGAUUCAGAUGAAUUUGCCAGCGUCUCCACAUUGGAGUUUACUUUUAAUAAAUGCUUUAAUGCAAAUGAGGUCUUGGGGCUUUUAUUAUAA